UGUGGAUCAUAUUGAUUUAUAUAUGAAAGGUACUAAAAUGGUGCAUGUCUAAAAUCAAAUAAACUAACAACUUUUAUACAAAAGGCGGCCUAAAAUAAAGCCCAAAAAUAUAUAACCAAACUUCAUUUCUAGCUAGCUUCCUCUGUUUUCCUUGGUCAAUUUUAUCAAUCAGCCUCCAAAAACAUACUAUCUUUAGUUCACCAACUAUAUUUAUCAAACCCAAAAAAAUAAAUUAAAAAGCAGAAAAUUAAAAUAUACAAUAAAAUCUUAGUGUUAUAUUUCAACUUUAAAAACAUACUUCUAUAUUAGUAGCAAAAAAAACCAACCAAAAGAAAGUGUGGGUUAAGGAAAAAAUGGAGAUGAGAGUUUUGACAGCAGAAAACAAUUUACCUGCUGCAGUUGAUCAUAUGAACAGCAACUGCUCAACUCCAUACAUGAGUGCUGCUUCCAGCCCUCGCCGCCCUCGGCCUCAGCUCGACUUCUUCUUCUACAGCGCUCCCACCAGUCCCCGGUCUUAUAAUCAUCAAUCUAUGUUUUCUGAUGUAUAUGAUGAUUAUUCAGCUGAGGAUAUCGCGCUACUGAAGCAUGAUCAUUCCGCGGCUGUGCCUUUUGAUUGGGAGCUUAAGCCGGGAGUUGCGAAAAGUACUGGUGUAAGUUACAGCAAAGAAGAUAAUCAGCAGCAUGAACAAGUGAUGGAGCAUGAAAAGGAAGAGUUCGAGUUUGAUUUCAGUGGGCAGUUGGAUAUGAUGGUUAGGCCUUCUUUGUCUUCUGCUGAUGAACUUUUUGAUGGCGGUAAAAUUCGGCCGUUGAAGCUGAAGCCUCCUCCUAGCCUGCAGAUCAGUAAUGACAGUAAGAUCAGUUCAGAAAAUCAUUCUCCUAGAUCUCCAAAAUCAGCUAUGUCUAAGUUUAAGGACGCGCUUAAUGUGUCACCUAAACAUAGGAGAAAGGGGUCAGAUGAGGAUCCGUUUGAGGCUGCUAUUCGCAGCAGUAAGAAAUGGGAUUCUUCUGCUGCUGCUACUGCUGCCACUAAUGACGAUGACAGUGUUCAAGAUAGAGGCAGAGGUAGAGGCAGAGUUAAAUCGAUUACGACUGCAAAUACAAAUAUGAAUAAAAGAGGAAGUAACAGCAGCAGGAAAGGCAUCAGCAGGUCACUGUCUCCUUUAAGGGUGUCUGAAUUUGCUCUGCUUCAUGAACAACAGUUACAGGAACAUCAGUAUUCGAACGAAAACAGCAAUUCAAACAGGUUUCUAGGAAGAGGUACUAAUACUUCUUCCAAGAAAUGGAGGUUAAAAGACUUGUUUCUUUUCAGAAGUGCAUCUGAAGGGCAUUACAAGGAUACUCAAUCCUUUUCCAAGAGAUGGAGUGUCAGAUCAUCAUUCACAGGCUCGGGUUCUGGUUCUGGUUCCGGUUCUGUUUCUGAAUCAGGAUCAGUAUCAAAGCGAAGAGGGCAGGCGGCAUCUGCUCAUGAAAUGCACUACACUACCAAUAAAGCUGUCUCAGAAGAGAUGAAGAAAAAGACUAGUCUUCCUUACAAACAUGGUCUAUUGGCUUGUUUGGGUUUUAGUCCAAUCCUUCCUCAAUUUUCCUACACUUUUCCUUCCUCUUCUUCUACUACUCUUUCAUGAAUUAUUUCAUUUUAUGUUUUCUUUGAUUAAUCUGUAAUUUGGCUAUACUGUUCUGUAUCUAUAGCAUCCGAAAAUUGUUCGUUGUUUUGGCGUGAAAUAAUCAAUUUCUAGUCCAACUUUGUUACUCAAAAGUUUGUUUAUUACAUUUAUUCAUAAAAAUAGAUUUUUUUUGGUACGUACAUGUUGAUUAAUCAUAGAUUACAUUUCUAAGCAAGAAUAUAUGAAAGACAG